AUGAGACUCAGCUGGGUCCUGACAGUCCUGUCCAUCUGCCUGAGUGCCCUGGCCACGGCUGCGGGGGCCGAGGGCAAGCGGAAACUGCAGAUCGGGGUCAAGAAGCGGGUAGACCACUGUCCCAUCAAAUCGCGCAAGGGGGACGUCCUGCACAUGCACUACACGGGGAAGCUGGAAGAUGGGACGGAGUUUGACAGCAGCCUGCCCAAGAACCAGCCCUUUGUCUUCUCCCUGGGCACGGGCCAGGUCAUCAAGGGCUGGGACCAGGGGCUGCUGGGGAUGUGUGAGGGGGAGAAGCGGAAACUGGUGAUCCCAUCGGAGCUGGGGUAUGGAGAGCGAGGCGCUCCCCCAAAGAUCCCAGGUGGUGCGACCCUAGUGUUCGAGGUGGAGCUGCUCAAAAUCGAGCGCCGUUCAGAACUGUAG